AUGCUUGCAGCUCCUCCUUUUUCCAUUCUCGACACGCUAAAUGCUGUUGACGAUGCAUUGGAUCAUAAUGCCGACUUAGCAGACCAAAUAUUCCGCCUAGGAGCAGGUGCAUUUGGACUCCCGGAGAAACCGCACAUAGACUCCUGGAUGAACUGGCAAGGGAAAGCCAAACCGAACGACAUCUCCAAAGCGCAUUCAACUAUUCGUCAGUUUUAUCGAGACUGGUCUCACGAAGGGUUCACUCUCGAGGUUGAACCACUCCUCAAGACGAUCCUCUCGGACCUCGAAUUGAAUCUCCCUGCUGUCCAACCGCAUAACCAGUCUCCGUCGCUUCUUCUCCCUGGUGCCGGACUGGGCCGCGUACUAUUCGAACUCGCUCUGCGAGGCUUCCAUGCGACAGGUAACGAGAUCUCCUACCACCAACUGCUCGCAAGCAAUUUCAUUCUCAACAACACCGAACGCGUCCACCAGUACUCGGUUUACCCCUUCGCGCAUACAUUCACAAAUGUGGGGUCUCGCGCAAAUCAGCUCAAACGCUAUACAGUGCCAGAUGUUCAUCCAGGCGAAGCCUUCUCCUCCCGGCUUUCCGCCGGGUUACCAGUGGGUGAAAUGAACAUGACGGCCGGAGAUUUCGUGCUGUCCUAUUCCACGCCGGACUCCAAAGAGACAUUCGACGGGGUGGUAUCCCUGUUCUUUGUCGAUACAGCACCCAAUCUCCUUCGAUAUAUUCAGACGGUGCGGAAUUGCUUAAAGACAGGAGGCGCUUGGAUCAACAUUGGCCCACUGUUGUGGCAUUUUGACGAUCGUGCGCCCGGCGGAAAUACCGACGACGGCGACGACGAUGAACCAGGCGAAAACACGCGUUCAGAGUCUGGACCAAGCAGCCAGCCAAAACCGGAUCUCGAAGACAAAGGCAUCGCCGAACCGGGAUCCUUUGAACUCACUGACGAAGAAGUCGUUCUGCUCGUUUCACGCACGGGUUUUGAAGUGAUUACUCACGAGAUCCUGCCUGCCGAUUCGGGAUAUAUUCAGGAUCCAAACAGCUUAUUACAGAAUCGGUACAGGUGCAGUCACUGGGUCGCGAGGAAAGUUUGA